UAGACAAAUGUUGCCGUUGGUAAAAUUAUUUACCAUUGGCAUGCCACUGGUACCAAUGUUUUUUGCCAAUGGUAGAUUUUUCUGCAGACAGUCUAGAGUGUGGUUAGUGUUGGUAAAUGACGUCACAGCUAUUUUCAACAUGGCGGCAAAAAGAAUGGAUCCUGGUUUCAGAGAGACAAUUUUCCCCUUGAGUCUAUUACUUGGAGAAAAAACCUAUAAAAUUUUAGUCAAGAGCAGCCUAGUCAAAUUGAUUUCUGACAAUCUUGAAAAGUUCUCAAAAGAACUGGCUACAUUGCUCCCAUCAGAACCUCCAAAUGAUCCAGUGUACAUAGAUAUUGUGGAUGACCAUGUUGUUGUCCCACAGAUUGUGUCGCAGCAGACAAAUGCAGAGACUAGGCCCAGCACAUCCUCAAGUACUGUGGAAACAGUAACAGUAACGGCAACCUAUGAUGAUGAAGAAGAUGAGGAUGAGGACCAGGCUGUUAAACGCUUUGACUGGAAGACAUCAGCAACAAAAAAACUUCUAACAAUUCUGAUUGAUAAGAAGAAAGAAACCAGUGAUUUUGCUCUUUCCAAAAAAAUUUGGCCUAUGGUGGCAGAUCAGAUCAAACGGGCAACAAGUUAUCAGCCAUCCGCCAUUCAAUGUAGAGAGAAGUUUUAUUCUCUUAAGAGAAGUUACCGCCACUUCCUGAUAGAAUCAAAGAAAACGGGCAAUAGACGGCCAAAGCAAUUCACAUUUGAAAUGGAAAUGGAAGCAAUAUUAGAAAAUGACCCUUCAUUUAAACCACUAGUCAUGAAAAGCUCAUUUGGAGCCAAGGAAAUUAACAACAACGAUGAUGUUGAGGACUCGGACGAAGAUCAAGAUGGUGAAGAUGGUGAGGAAACAGCAAGUACCAGUACAUCAACAAGUAGUUUAAGCAGGAAAAACAAAGGGAAAAAAAGAAAGCUUGAUGAACUGAAAGAAUUUCUGACUGAAAGAGAUAACGCACUCUGUAAGCAAUUAAAUGAAAUGCAGCAGAAAACGAAUAGCAUCCUUGAAAAGCUUGUUGACAAACUUUGAAAAACUUUAAAAGAUAUCCAUUUGAGUCAGAAAGGGUUAUUUGAGUGGGUUUCAACUGUAUUCUGCAUUAUACUUUGUUUAGUGACAUUUCAAAGAGAAAUGCUUACAUUAAUACAUGUAUCUACAGUUGUUUCAGUGGUUGUCAACUGUAUUCUGCAUUAUGCUUUGUUUAGUGACAUUUCAAAGAGAAAUUCUUACUUUAAUACAUGUAUCAACAGUUGUUUCAGUGGGUGUCAACGGUAUUCUGCAUUAUACUUUGUUUAGUGACAUUUCAAAGAGAAAUUCUUACAUUAACUCAUGUAUCUACAAAUAACAAGUAACUUUGUAUGAUACCUUGUUAAAUUUGAUUUAUUUGAUUGCACCUCUUAUGGAAACAAAAUCAAAAUACAUUCAUGGUAUGAUUUUUGGUCAUGAAAAUCAUAAAAGCCAAUUGUGAAUUCGUGGUGAUUUCUAAUUGAUAAA